GUGGUGCGCGCCGUGCUUGGGUUUUGCGCUUACUUACUUAUUUGUUAAUACUCAAUAACGCUUACAUCGUUUGCAAGAUUUACCUGAAGUCUCCGCGGAGACACAAACAUGGCGGAGGUCGUUCAACAGCGAAUCGAGGAGAGAAUUCCCCAGUUGGAGCAAUUGGAAAGAGUGGGACUGUUCGCCAAAGAAGAAGUGAAAUCAAUAAUUAAGAAAGCAACGGCCCUAGAAUACAAGCUUCACAGGUUAAUCGUGAGAAAAGAGGAUUUCAUUGGAUACAUUCAGUAUGAAAUCAACGUGUUAGAGCUGAUUAAGAAGAGAAGAGCGCAUAUACAUUAUCAAUUUAAAAAAGAGGAGAUUGAGUACCCCAUCAUCCAAAGAAUAAAUGGUGUCUUCCGAAGAGCAACAAAAAAGUGGAAGGAUGAUGUGCGGCUUUGGCUUUCUCAAGUAGCUUUCUGUAAGAAAUGGGCCAGCAAGAAUCAGCUGAGUAAAGUGUUCUCGGCCAUGCUUGCCAUUCACCCUGACAAACCAGCCCUGUGGAUUAUGGCAGCCAAAAAUGAGCUGGAGGACAGGAGUUCUUCAGAAAGUGCCAGGCAUCUGUUUCUGAGAGCUCUGCGCUUCCAUCCACACAACAAGAAGGUCUAUCAGGAGUACUUUCGUAUGGAGCUGUUGCAUGCAGAGAAACUGAGGAAGCAGCAAGAAGAACUAAAGAAGGCUGAGAGUGACUUGGGUGAAUAUGAGUUCUCUCCAGAGAUUCUGUCCGGGAAACUGGCUGAGAUUGUAUAUAAAAACGCUACAGAGAAAAUCCAAGGAGCUGAAUUUACCCUCUCGUUAUUCAACAUUGCAAGCAUCUUCGACUUCACCAAAGAACUCCAGGAUAGCAUCCUUCAAGACUUGCGCACCAAGUACACAGAGGACAGCGCAACAUGGGAUUUCAUGGCUAAACGAGAGCUGGAGGCUCCUGGGGCAGGUGAGGAGCUGCAGAGCGCCAAGGGGAGAGCCUCUGACAUUGCUCGGAGAGAGGGGCGCUGCUGCCAGGUCUAUGAGGAGGGUGUCAAGACCCUUAACACAGAGCCUAUGUGGACGUGCUAUGUUUCCUUUUGUUUGGAACGUUUCAAAAGGAAGACCAAUAUCCAGGAGCUGAACGACAGGAGGCAGGAGAGGCUGCUAGGAGUGCUUCAGCGUGCUCACGACUCCUCACUGCUGAAGGAGGAUUAUUACAAGAACUGGCUGCAGAUCCUGCUUUCACACGGAGAUGCUGAUCGAGUGACCAGGGUCGCCAUGGCAGCCACACAGCGCUACAGCCAAUCAGUGACAGUGUGGAGCUUGAGCCUGCAGACAUUAAUGCAACUGGGUAGUGAAGGCGUGGACAGCAUGUUUCAGGAAGCUCUUGCACACAUUAGUCCCAAGGAGAGUCUACCACUGUGGCAGCUCCAGGUACAGUGGAGUGAGACCUACCAGAGUCUUGAGGAGACAGAAGCCCUUUUCAAGAGGGGUCUGGUGUCUACAGUGGAGGCGGUUUCCAUGACAAUGAAAGAGCACUACCUUGAUUGGUCGUAUAAGACCGGAGGCUACAAGAAAGCAAGGAAGACUUUUAUUAGUUUACAUGAAAAUCGGCCCUUCUCAAAGGUGUUUUUCACUAGAAUGAUCCAGAUUGAGAAGGAAAAAGAGAAUCCAAAGAUGAGCAACCUGAGAGACUACUAUGAGAGAGCCCUGCGAGAGUUUGGUUCCUCAGAUCACGAUCUGUGGCUCGAGUACAUCCAGGAGGAGCUGGGACCAUGGGGUCAGCCUGAGAAUUGUGGCAAGCUUCACUGGAGAGCGAUGAAGCUGCUGGAGGGGGAGAGUGUGGAGAAAUUCACUUCCAAGUAUACCCUAAUUCAGACUGGACACAUCUAAAUUCAUCAGCCAUGUCCAAACUAGAUACCAAGUGCAGGACUAAUGAUGGAAUAAAUGAGUUUUGUUUUUUUUACACCAUGGUCUCUGUAUUUGGUGUCUAGAUGAUGGACAGAUGGACGAGCAAACUUUUAAAAUGGGACAAAUGCUUGUUUCGACCAAAUGGUUACCCCAGUCAUGAAGAAUGUUGAUUGUAUUCCAGCCCAGGAUUUGUUAACUUCCUGAAAUUUGGAUCUCACCAAUGUAACUGCUAAACCUCAAUGCACACCAGGAGGUGCACUACUCAUUCUAGCUCUAAGGUCCCAUUUGCAGAAAAUGUUUUAUUUACAUCAUCCUCUUCAGUACUUCACUGUUUCGAGCUUUGGAUUGCAAAGUUUUACUUUAUUUACAUUUUAUACACAGUAUAUAUUCAUGGUUUAUGGUGCCAUUGUGUGACUUUUGAAGAUGUGGAAGCUCCAGUUUAUUUGGAAGAUUUUCACAUUUUUGCAUGUUGAGCUGACAAAUGUUGAGGCGGAAUUAAAUUGUUCUUUA